GCAUCUUCUUUGUAUUCUCAAGAACCAGGAAGAACUAACUUCAUAAUUUCUCAUUCAUCAUCUCACAGAUGGCGUCAUUGAUGGCGAUUCGUCGAAUUCGAACUUCUUCUCUCACUACUCCUGUAAUGGAAGCACGUUUUCUGCACUCUUCAAGAUCAACGCCCAGGUUUACACUCCCUUCUUUCUCUCCUUGUCUUCGUCCUCAGUCUCUAAGUACCUCCUCAGCUUCUCCCAUGCCUAAUGAGUUUUACAGACCCCAACAACCGUCGGAUGAUUCUCACAAGGGUUUUUACCACGACCAGAGAAACCCUAAUCAAUGGAAUCCCUCUACUCGACUCCAUACCCCAAACCAAAACCCUGAUAAUCUGAUGGGUUACCAGAAUCAAAACUAUCCUAACUGGAGCAAUACCCAAUCGACUCACCCUAACUUCAAGACUCAGGCUAACCCACAAUAUGAUAACUCGAAUUCGAGUCAGCAAUAUGGCGGGCCAAAUCAGUACAAUCAAGGUUAUCAGCAAAACCAAAUCCCUCGCCAGAGUCCAAACUAUCGGAACACGGGAGGCUUUAACCAACCCAAUCAAUCAUACCCACAACAAGGCACCCCUAAUCCGUACAACAAUCAGCAGGCGGUUAAUCACCAAAGCCCACCUCGGUCACCUGCUUCUAUUGAUUUGUUGAGCUUAUGCCACGAGGGAAAGAUCAAGGAAGUUCUUGAGCUACUCGAUAAAGAUGUCCCAGCAGAUGCCCAAUGCUUUGAGGCCCUUUUAAGUUCAUGUUCCAAGUCAAAGAAGCUUGAGGAUGCUAAGAAAGUGCACGAUUACUUUCUGCGUUCAAAGAUCAGAGGAGACCUCCAACUAAACAACAAGGUAAUUGAAAUGUACUCGAAUUGUGAAAGUAUGACCGACGCCAUUAGGGUGUUCGAUCAUAUGCCUGAAAGGAAUAUGGAUUCAUGGCAUUUGAUGAUCAACGGUUACGCAACGAACUCAUUGGGUGAUGAAGGAUUGGCCCUAUAUGAAAAAAUGAGAACUUUGGGUUUGAAACCAAACGAGCAAACUUUUCUCGCCAUUUUAUCAUCUUGUGCUAGUGCGGAAGCUAUAGAAGAAGCGUUUAUACAUUUCGAGUCCAUGAAGAAUGAGUACGAUAUUAGCCCUGGGAUCGAUCACUACAUAGGACUUCUCAAUGUACUCGGACACUCUGGCCAUCUAACCGAAGUUGUGAAAUAUAUCGAAACUCUACCUUUCGAGCCCACAAUUGAAAUUUGGGAAGCUUUAAGAAACUACGCACGAAUUCAUGGUGACAUCGAUCUAGAAGAUCAUGUGGAGGAAUUACUCGUGGGUUUAGACCCAUCAAAGGCGAAUCCCAAAAAGAUUCCUACACCUCCGCCAAAGAAGCAAUCGCUUAUCAGUAUGCUGGAGGGUAAAAACAAGCUAAGCGAAGUUCGAAGCCCCACACUUUACAGGGACGAGGAGAAGAUAAGGGCAUCGAAAAAGGAAGAAGGGUAUGUUCCGGACACGAGAUAUGUUCUUCACGACAUUGAUCAGGAAGCGAAAGAGCAAGCUUUGCUCUAUCAUAGUGAACGUUUGGCGAUUGCGUAUGGUUUGAUAAGUACGCCUGCGAGAAUGCCUCUGAGGAUUAUAAAGAAUCUUAGAAUAUGUGGUGAUUGCCAUAAUGCGAUCAAGAUCAUGUCGAGGAUUGUUGGAAGAGAGUUGAUUGUUAGGGAUAACAAAAGAUUUCAUCAUUUUAAGGAGGGGAAAUGCUCUUGUGGGGAUUACUGGUAAUGUUCUUAUAGAUCAAACCCUGCUUGGUUUGUGAAAGUGUCAAACAAUAGUCUAUUAUUGUUUCUGAGACAAGAAGUUUGAUCGUUUUGCUCUAAUUAGUUACGAAAUCUUUAUAUUUCCUUAAAUAUUUAAG